AUGGCCGGAAAAAUGACGAAGGUGGUGGUUUACACGGUAGCCGCCGCCUUCGUCAUCCUCUUACUCUCACAGGAUCACAAUAAACUAUUUCGCAAAGAUUACAGCCCCCGCGGGCUGAGCCGCCGUCUCGGCACCCAGCCGUCGGCUCCUCUGAUUUUCGACCCCAUCGUUGCCCGGAGAAAAGGGUUCGCGAAUCCCGAGAAAUCCGAGGACGAUGACCGUUAUUUUAAUGAUAAAGGCCGGUUGGAUACUGGGCUAAGGUUGAUGGUGUUGUUCCCCAUUUUGGAUAAAGAUCCUCGUGAUGGAUUCGUGGAUACUAAGGAACUGGAAUAUUGGAAUACCCAACAGGCUAUUAGCCGGUUGAAUUAUAGGACGCAGAGAGAAUUGUUGUUGCGCGAUAAGGAUGGGGAUGGGUCUGUUUCGUUCUCUGAAUACCUUCCGCAAUUCACUGAUGAAGAUAUGGAGAGGAAUGAGACUGGGCAUGGAGGCGCCGGAUGGUGGAUGAUACAAUUCAAGAACGCUGAUGUUGAUCGGAAUGGAACUCUCAACCUCUACGAAUUCAGAGAUUUUCUGCAUCCAGAAGACACCAGAAACGACAACAUUAGGAGAUGGUUGUUGACGGAGAAGUUAAGGCAGAUGGAUGUUGACAAAGAUCAUAGGCUCUCUCUGCGCGAAUUUGAGAGAGGAGCUUAUCAAACCUACAAGACUUACAAGGAAUUCGAAACCGGUGGCAAAGAUGUGCCCUCACUUGUAGAAAUAUUCACAUUCCUCGACGCUGACAAGGACAAUUUUUUGAGAGUGGAAGAACUGAAACCCAUAUUUCAUUACUUGAACCCCGGAGAGCUCUCAUAUGCUAGAUAUUACACCACCUAUCUCAUCCGGGAGGCCGAUGACAACAAAGAUGCAAGGCUAACGCUAGACGAGAUGCUGAAUCAUGAUACCUUGUUCUAUGAUACCAUCUAUGACAACGAGAAGGACGAGGACGAUAUAUACCAUGAUGAGCUUUGAUCUUGUGCUUUGUUCUUCCAUAGUUGUUCAGACAGGCAGGCCAGGCAGGAAGAGGAAAUGUUGUUUGUUAAUAGGUCAAGUAUACUAAAACCCUACUGAUAGAAUAGGGAGAAAGGGUUGAGGCAGAGGGCUUGUAUAGGGACAGUGGAGAGGGAUGGGGCUGCUGGGUUAGUUGUUGGGUUGAAGAAAGAAACGCUCAACAAACUUCAAUUUUGCUUGUUUAUGCUACUUUUAGAAUUUAAUUUUGUUAGGACCAAAUUGUAGAGGGAGUAUGCUUUAGAUUUGUUUACUUACCAUUUCAUUGAAAUUUGUUAAUUUGUAAGAUGUGAAUAAAACAAGAUUGUUCAAUAGUUAAUCUUGGGUACAUAUUGGAUCUACGCAACAUGUGUUAUGUGA